GGCUCUCGACGUCGGCUCUCGUGCUGAAUCGCCUCUCUCGGCAACACCUACCGUCGUCUCCACACCCAACGGUGAGCCAAAGAUCGCCGCCAUCGUCGUCGACGCCAUGCAAACCCACCAAAAGUCCGCAUCGGAACUCAUUGAGCUCAUUGCAUCCCGUACGGCCGCCAGCUCCGCCGUCUAUGUCUACGACCUCGCUGAGCAGGUCGGCUUCGGCACCCUCACAAAGUCAUGGCAAGCAUCCGCAGAGAAUACUGCCCCCGUCAUCAGCCUCCAGACGAGGGCUGGCGCUGGUCUUGCCCUCGUUGGAAGGCUUUCUGAGGGCACCAGCCAGGACAAAGGCGCUGUUCUCUCUGCUUACACAACCCCCGCAGGCCUCACUGCCAUGAUUCCUUCCCUCGCCUACCUCCCCCCAGCAUCCGAGAGCAGCAGGCUUAUCAUCCAAGUCCCUGCAGUGACACCUGUCGGUGACAACUACGCCCUCUCCCCCACCCUCGCAUCCCUUGCGACUACCUUUAGCCUCCUUCCAGACAAUGUCACUGUCCUCGUAUCCGCGACUCCCCAGGAGUCCAUAGAUCUUGCCAUGCUCUCCUACAAGCUCUCCACGUCCCAUGUUAUCCACAUCUUUGAUCACUACAGCUCCUCUCGGGAACUCGGCCAUGGUCAUGCUCCUACCGUUGCUCUUAAGCAGGUAGCCACUAGCACCAUUCAGGAGGCUAUUAAGUGGUCGGGUUACUCCAUGUUCGAUUACGCCGGCGAUAAGAACGCCCAUACCGUGUUCGUCUUCGUCAAUGGUCCAAUUGCUCUUUCUGCCAAGGCAGCAUUGACCGAUGCUGAGGGAGUCGGCAUCCUCAUUGUCCGCGUAUUGCGCCCGUGGGACGGCGAGGCCCUGCGCGAGGCGCUUCCUAAGACCGUCAAGGAUAUCCAUGUCUUUGAUGAUGUGCCUAAUGAGACUACUCAGGGCGCUCUGUUUAUCGAUGUCUUCGGCUCCCUGUACGACCCCGUCACUUCUUCGCCCUCUGUCCGCUCCCAGCGCACUCCUCCCUCCAAGACCCAGUCAUUCCUUUCCAGUCCCACCAACUUCGCCAGCUUUCUUUAUAAGCUUGCUGGCGUCGAGGCGCCUCUCCAGAGCAAGCCAUCCACCGGCAAGAAGCUCCUCUUUUUCAACUCGCCCAAGUCUUCGCUCUCCCAAGUUCCCACAGCCAUCAAGGAUAGCUUUGCUAAGGCAGUUCCAGCUCGCCUGUUGACGGACUAUGACAUCUUCUCGAAGCAGGGUGGCAUUUCUGCACAUCGCAUCAUCCUGGGCUCGUCCACCGAAGGCACCACGUCGACUCCCUUGGCCCACAUCUUCCCCCUGGGCAAAGAGGGCGAGGCUGACUUUACUGGCAUCCUUGACUUCAGCCUGCUCAAGACGCACUCUGUUCUCACUCAUGCGAAGCCCGGCUCUGCGGUCCUUGUCGUCACUCCUUGGACCAGUGAGGAGGUCCUCGCCAACUUGUCGAAGGAGUCUCUGGAAACUAUCGUCUCGCGUGAACUACGCAUCUAUACCAUCAAUGCCACAGAGGCGGCCUCUGUCCUUUCCAAGGAGGUAUCCCUUCCCGCCGACAAGGUUCAGAACUUCCUGAUUCACCUCGCUUUCUUGAGGCUCUACCUCGGCGACACCGCCACGGAACACACUCUUACCAAGUUGGGCGUGGGUCUGCUCGAGGAAGAGAGCGGGGUUAACGUCGGCAAGCUCGUCAGUCGGGUCAUUUCUGACUUGGUCGAGGUCGAGAUUCCUGCCUCAGCCGCCGAGGUUGAUCCAGAGGCCAAGUCCAGCCCUCCUAUCAAGCGGUUCGAGUAUAAUGCCAUUGCUGUGGAGACUGACGACGGCCAGACUGCUGUCAACGGCGGCUGGAUUUCCUCCUGGCAUGACGCUGCCAAGCACCUGCUCUUCCCCUCUGCCUUCACACCUCCGUCAACGGAGCAAACGGAUGGCGAAAUUGAGGAGUACCCCCAGAUUCCCAACCUUCGUCCUGAGGUUCCUGAGCGUACCUUCCUAGUGACUUGCUCUGUCAACCGUCGUCUCACACCCAUUGAGUACGACCGCAACGUUUUCCAUCUCGAAUUCGACACCUCUGGCACCGGCCUCAAGUAUGAGAUUGGCGAGGCACUUGGCGUUCACGGAUGGAACGACGAACAGGAGAUCCUCGACUUCUGUGCGUGGUAUGGCGUCGACCCUAACCGUCUCGUCACCAUCCCCGUCGUCACCGGCGAGGAAGAUAUGCACACCCGUACCAUCUUCCAGUGCCUACAGCAACAGAUUGACCUUUUCGGCCGCCCGGGAAAGCAGUUCUAUACUGACCUCGCUGAUUACGCCACUUCUGCAUACGAUCACAAAGCACUCAAAUUCAUCGGUGCACCCGAGGGCUCGUCGACGUUCAAGAAGCUUAGCGAGAAGGACACUGUCUCGUUUUGCGACGUUCUCAAGAUGUAUCCCAGCGCACGUCCGAGCAUCGAGAAGCUUUGCGAGCUCAUCGGCGAUAUCAAGCCACGCCACUAUUCCAUCGCCUCGGCGCAGGCUGUUGUUGGCAAUCGCGUCGACCUUCUUGUGGUCACGGUCGACUGGCUCACUCCAAGCGGCUCGCCGCGGUUUGGUCAGUGCACCAGGUAUCUUGCUGGUCUUAAGAUUGGCCAGAAGGUUACCGUCUCCAUCAAGCCUUCUGUGAUGAAGCUUCCUCCCUCGUACGAGCAGCCGCUCAUCAUGGCCGGUCUCGGUACCGGUGCGGCUCCCUUCCGCGCCUUCCUCCAACAGCGCGCCUUGAUGGCCGAGAAGGGCGUGAAGAUGGGCCCCGUCUACUACUACUUCGGCUCACGUCAUCAGUCGCAGGAGUACCUGUACGGCGAGGAUAUCGAGGCGUACAUACUUGACGGUACAAUCACUAAGGCUGGCCUUGCCUUUUCCCGCGACGGUCCUCGCAAGGUGUACAUACAACACCUCAUGCUCGAGGACGCCACCGAGCUCGCAGCUGCGCUCCGCCACCAAAAUGGCGCGUUCUACUUGUGUGGCCCGACGUGGCCCGUGCCAGACGUGUACGAGGCGCUCGUGGGCGCGCUCGUCAAGCAGGACGGCCAGACUGCGCAGGAGGCUGGUGACUUCUUGGAGGGCCUCAAGGAGGAGGAACGCUAUGUUCUUGAGGUCUACUAAAUACCUGGCCCUAUGAAAUACCAAAGAUACCAGCGGAUCUCAUGGUUUUCCCGUCCAAUGCUUAGCUUUAUCAUAUCCCACGUGUUUAUAGAAUGUCGAUGUCGGCAUAUAGAAUGGAUAGAGGUUAUUACAGCUAAACAGGUGGCGUGAACACUAUCUACAACAGUGAGCUAUGGUAUACAUGGUAUCGUGAUCUAGUGUAGUCCCUUCAUUUCCUUGUCAGAGUAAUCCCAAAAAGCGUGCGAGUAUCGAUACCAGCGAAGGGGUGUGAACCUCUGCAGAGACAUCGAGAGAGGCGCUACCAGAAGGCGCAUGAGCAGAGGUGUGGGUGUUUGUAUGAGAAACGGUGUGGUGGGUUGUGUGGGAAGUUGUCUGAGAAGCGGGGUGGGAGGUAGUGCGUGACGAGGUAGUUGAGAAGUUAUUUGAAGCUAUACAAUAAAGCACAAAAAAGAAAGCAGUAAAAAAAUUGUCCAUGAUUAGCGAUCAGUAAGAGCCAGAAGACGAGCGAUUCCUAAAGACUAAGACGGUCCACCAGGCGACGAGAGACACGAUAAUGAGGCCAACGACGCCGACGAUGACGCCCAUGACGAUCUUGCCCGUAUUGUUGAGCGCCGGGCCAGCGCACCCUUGUGGGUACACCUCGUCGCAAGGGACGCCUUGAG